GGCGCGAGCUAUCGUCGGAAGAACUGCCUCUUGUGGGGGCGUCCGUGACGCGAGCUAUCGUCCGACGAACUGCCUCGCGUUGGAGCGUCCGUGGCGCGACAGUAGCGCUUUGAGUGCAAGCUCGGCGAGAAUUCACACAGGCAUUGUUGUGCUCUUCAGUCGUGAGGGAAGCAAAUCGGUAGUGCCGACAUGGCCGGGACCAAGCGGCAGCGCACGGACGUUCUGCUGGACCAGAUCGGCGACAUCGGCAGGUGGCAGAUAGUCAGCUUCAUCGUGCUGUCUCUCUUCAGUAUUCCUGUGGCGUGGCAGACGCUAGUGGUGGUGUUUCACGCGCCGCCUGACGCCGACUUCUGGUGCACACGUCCGGCGGCGUUCGCCAACUGGACGGUGGACCAGUGGCGCCACUACAGCACGCCCCGGUCCGUAGACAAGCACGGUGACCCCGUCUGGGACGGGUGUCGGGUGUUCGCCUUGAACUACAGCACGGCGCCGCCCGAUCCGGACAGACCGCCACCGCCCCUCUCCAACGCCACCGUCAAGUGCCCGCACCAGCGGAAGAUACCCGACCGCUGGCAGUUCGACCACGCCUUCCACAAGUGGACCAUACGCGAGCACUUUGGCCUCGUCUGUGAAUACGACUACCUCAUCGGGCCUGUGACGGGCUCCUACUUGGUCGGCACGCUGAUCGGCGUGUUCUUCGGCGGCAUGGUCUCCGACAGGUUUGGUCGUCGCCCAGCCAUCCUCUGCCUUCUGGGGCUGACGCUCAUCUCGGCAGUGGCCGUCACCUUCUCCAACAGCAUCAUGCUGUACAUCGUGCUGCGCUUCAUCCUGGCCCUUGCUGUCCAGGCUGUGUACAUCACCAACUUCGUCUUCUGUAUGGAGAUCGUGGGAGCCAAGUGGAGGGUCGUCCUGGGCCUGCUGUUUCAGGUGCCUUUCGCCUUCGGCUUCAUCAGCUUGGCCGGCAUCGCGUACCUCAUCACCAACUGGCAGCAUCUGCAGCUAGCCAUCAGCGUUCCUCUGGUUCUCUUCAUCCUCUAUUACUGGGCAGUGUCGGAGUCGCCCCGCUGGCUGCUGGCCGCCGGGAUGGUUGACAGUGCCGAGGCCAUCAUCGAGUCAGUCGCUGAAAUCAACGACAGGGAGUACGACGAAACGGUGCAGCUGGUGCCACAGCACGAGGCACGGACGCACGUGCACGUGAAAGAGCUUCUGCGCCACCGCCAGCUGCGCUGGCACACACUCCGCGUCUGGGCCAUCUGGCUGGCCAACGGGCUCGCCUACUACGGCUUGCUCUUCUCCUUCGACGACUUGGACGGCGACGUGUUCCUGAACGCGGUGGCGGGCGGCGCGGUGGAGCUCGCGGGCUACCUGCUCGGCAUCGGAGUCUGCCUCUGGCUCGGCAGACGCUGGGCAAUCUUCGCUUUCAUGCAGCUGAGCGGCGUGUGCCUACUGGCCACUAUCGGCUUCAGCAGAGGGGAGUACCAGCGAGACUGGCCGCUGUUGCUGUUCACCAUGCUGGCCCGGCUCUGCAUCAGCUCCUCAUUCGGUCUGGUGUUCGUGUACUCGGCUGAGGUGUUCCCCACGGGCCUGCGCAACACUGCUCUCGGCUCUUGCUCUGCCUGCUCCAAAUUCGGCGCCGUGUUCGCGCCGUUUGUGGCGCGGUUGGCGCAUCACUACACCCACCUGCCUGAGAUCGUGCUGGCCGUGCUGGUGAUGGUGUGUGGUGGUCUUCCGCUCUCUCUGCCGGAGACGCGGUACCUCAAGCUACCCGACACGCUCCACGAGGCGGGCACGCUGGGCAGUGACGAUGUACCGGAGCCUCAUUGGCCCGGCACCGCGGUCGGUACCGACCGUCAGAGAACGCCGAACACCGACACCAACGGGGGCACCGUCAACCACGGCUUCGACGCCAUCCAGGAAGACGCCGAUGCCGAGCUGUGA